CUUUUUUUCCUUUCUUUUUCUUCUUUUAAUACAUUUACUUUUUCAAAAGAAUAAACAUUUUUUAUAUAAUGGAAUACUCAAGAGAUUCACAAAGAUAUCAUUGUGGCUGGGAAAACUGUAGUAAGAUUUACACAGACCCAGAACACCUUUACAGUCAUUUAACGAAUGACCAUGUCGGAAGAAAGUCUACUGGUAACUUAUGUUUGACUUGUCACUGGGAAGACUGUGAAGUGUCUGUUAUAAAAAGAGACCACAUUACAAGCCAUCUUCGAGUUCAUGUGCCAUUAAAGCCUCAUCACUGUAACUUUUGUGAUAAAUCUUUUAAACGACCUCAAGAUUUAAAAAAGCAUGAACGAAUUCACAACGAAGAUACAAUUGUACCCGUAAAGAUGCGUUCAAGUCGUACAACCAUUGAUAUGAAUCAUCCUUUAACUCCACCCAGACAAUCUGAUAUGUCGCUUUCUCCAAACUCAACACCAGCUAGUCAUACCUCUUCAUUAAAAGUACCGAUUUCACCACCUCACAGUACAGCCACUUAUUCUGAUGAUGGUUGGAUACAUCAGACAAUGGGUGGUGUAUCACCUGCUUCCGACUAUUAUGAAAGCUUUAACAGUUCGUGCUCUCGAUCAAUCAAGCAAGAACCUGGGACGCCCAAUUUUGCACCGGAGGAUGUUAUCAACAAUUUGAUGUUUGUCGAUGAGACUUCUAAUCAAAUGAAAACAGAAUAUAAUACCGACAUGAUUGGUAAUCUUGAUAUGUUUCAAACGAUGGUAGACAAUGGUUCAUUUAGUCCUAAUUCUCUCAACAUGAAUACCGCUGAACAACUCAAUAACUUUAACGUCUGGCUGGCUCAGUUAACAGAUAGCCUUGAUAACAAACAACAACAACAACAACAACAACAACAGCAGCAACAACAAGAGUCAUAUGACUACGUACAACCUGCAAACCCAAGCUAUGCGGACAUGUUAUUACAAUUCAACACACCGACCAAUAAUAUUCAAAACAACAAUGACCUGUAUCCUACAGGUGUGGAAGAAGACAUGUAUGUGAGAUCACAACCUAUGAUGCAUCAUCAGCAGCAACAACAGAACCAGAUGGCAGAUUAUAACCCUUCUACUCCCACCAAACUUUAUGGUGAAUAUAAUAUGCAGCCGAUGAUGGACAAUUUGAACCAAUUCGGUUACCCUUCAAAUAUGCCAGAAGCAGUUCCUCAAAUGAAUGGUGUAAGACAUCAUUAUUCCAACGUGCCAGGUAUUGUUUCCAACGGUGGAUACUUUACUCCUGACCUCCGUACAUCACAAAACUUAGGAAGCUCAAAGGACGAUGUUAAAUAUAAAAAGAAUCCAAUCAACAGCCAAGAAAAAGAAGAAAAAACACAGGAUGCUUUUAAGCCUGUUAAACCAACCCACCACCAAUCCAAAAAGAAUGUUACAACCAUGAUGAACGUAUUUACGAGUAACGAGGAUGCUAGUAGCGUCAAGGAAAAGAAAUCCACUACUACCAGUGAUGAUGAGAUUAAGCAGUCACCUGCCAAGAAAUCAGCUGUAAGUAAAGAUAUCUUGGAUCUCUUGGUAAGCGAUAUGUCCGACUUAGCGAUUGAAAAGAGAAAGGAGGAAAAGGAUGAUUCUCUUUAUCCAACAUCCAUACAGAAACCAAUCAAAGACACUGUGGUGGAAAAGCAUAGAAAACUAUUAAACCAGUUGAGUCAAUGGGUGAACCAAAGCUAUUCUGCAAAGAAAGACCCUGUUCAACACAUCUCUUCUUCUUCCGUUCAGGUUCAAUAACUCUUUUCUAUAAAUCCAUUCCCCUUUGUAACAUAUUCCAUUUUUUCUUUUUUUCGUUUAAUAAAAAUCAUAUGUUUUUAAACUAAA